ACGCUCACUCCGCAAGCUUUUAUUUUAGGGUUUUUCGAAAACGGCUGCUUUCCAUUUCGGAUUGUUUCAGAACGAAACAUUGAGUUACUUUCGCGAAAAUAAAUAAAUACAACUUGCCUUGCUUAUAGCUUUUUUCAGGACCACUGAAAGAGUAAAGUAAGUAUAUUAGGGAGCACUCCAUUUCCAUGUAGAAUGAUUUAACAUGAACGCUGCCAUACUAGACGUUUGUUUGACAUCUAAUAACUUUCCUGGCAACACAAUAAAUCAGCACAGAGAAGAUAGAUUGUAAUUUGUGAUUCUGACAUUUCUGACUAAUUAACAAUAGGAAAAAUAAUGAACAAUGCGAUUCCCAAAGUAAUUCUUACCCAGAUUUCGUUUUAUAAAUAACAAUGGGUGACGAUAAGAAGAAAGUGAAAAUCUGCCGUGUGUGUUUGGGUACAAACGUGAAAAAGUGUAUGUCUCUGUUCGAAAUAUACAAAGAUUGUCUAAUUUACGACUACGUCAAUACUAUAGCUAACGUUAAAAUACAGAAAGACGAUGGUUUCCCUGACAAAAUAUGCUUGGACUGCCUUUUGGAGCUGGAAACGGCGAUACAUUUCAAGCAGAAAUGCGAGAGUUCCAAUGUCAUUUUGCAGUCAGCUCAGUUGGAGAAGCUUCCCGUUGUUUCUAUAAACAACGCGAUAGCUGAGGUCGUUGUUAAGAAAGAAGAACCUUUAGAAGAUACUUACGAGUAUUUAGAAGAGGAUGUGCAUUUUUUUGACUCUGCUGAUCUGCUCUCGGACGCCAACGACACCAAGCUAGAGUAUGAUGAGGAAAAAGACGUCAAAAAAAGUCGAGCGAUAGAUUUGAAAUUGGAAUGUCAUGACUGCGGAAACUUUUUUAAAAGCAAAUGUAAAUUACGUGUGCAUUGGAAAAAGGUUCAUCUGCCGGAAGCUUUAAUAUGCUCCAUUUGUAAAAGAAUGUUCAAAUCAUUCAAAGCAUUCAACAGGCAUCUCAAGUCAAACAAACAGAGUUGUAAAACUGCCGCUAACGUUAGGAUAGAAGGUAUAGGAAGGAACAGGAUAUUCCAUUGUAAGGAAUGUAAUUAUAAGUCUAAAAGAAUUAAAGAUAUGCAGUCACAUCUGGUUAUACACACUGGUGACCGUCCAUAUCAUUGUGACAAAUGCCCUGCUAAGUUUACUCAGCAGAGCUCCCUACAGUGCCAUCAGGAGGGCUCGCACAAGCUCUACAAAGUCGAAAUAACGUGCCAGUACUGUGGAAAGUUUGUCCGAGGCCGCUCAAAUGUUUACCGUCAUUUAAAGACACAUACGGACAACCAGCAUCAAUGUCAAGUUUGCAGCAAGAUAUUACAGUCCAAGAAAAGCCUGGCAACGCACAUGCAGAGGCACAGCGGAGUCAAACAAUACACAUGUGAAGUUUGUGCCAAGUCAUUCUACACAUGUGCCGAACUCUGUAAUCAUAAAAGAAUGAUUCACAUGAAGGGCAAGUAUUGGUACUUCUGUGAUGUCUGCGAAUACAAAUCUAUAAGGUCUGAAAAAGUGAAGAAGCACAAAGCGAAACAUACAGCAACCAAUAUCCCUUGUGUUGUAUGUGGCAUGUUCUUUGAAAUGCCUGAUAAACUUAUCCAACAUCAACGUAAGCACUUCGGAGAGAAGAAGUUCCCAUGUCCAUUGUGUGACAAACGGUUCUUCAGGAAAGACACGGUCGGCAAGCACAUACGAUCAAAACACAAAUGUCAGAUGCCUACACUUGUGGUGGAGAAGCGAGUUGUGGUCAAAAAGGAGGCGCCUAUAGCCCCUGCAGAUGACUUAAUAGAGAUUGAACUAUCACCUGUCAUAGAAAUUAAAUAAUAUAAGUAAUUUAUUAAAUUGAAUUGAUUCCUAAUAUACAGUGCCGGAUUAAGAAAUUUUGAUGCCCUAAGCAUUUCUAGAUCUUGGUGCCCCCUCUCCCUAGGCUCAUCCAGAUUACAUUGACAACAUUGAUUUUUUUUGGUAAACUAAGUGACGUUCAUGGUCGCAUUGCUGCUGCAAUUUGUAUUUUCAAUCCAUUACUUAUUUUAUCAAGGAAGUUGACAGUGCUGCAGCAGUAACGUUGCAACAGUAAUGCUGGUGCAGUCACCAUCCUAAUGUCACCUUUAUCAAAGCAUGCGUGAACUAAAUUACUGAAAUUAUAUAUCUAUGAUUGUGUACUUGCCUUUCCGGCUAACUAUGUGAUUAAAACCUGCUUUGGUUCACUUCACAAAUAAACCCUAGAAGUAACAUGACCAAAAGUAACCCGAAAGUUACAUAAGGACUGAGGCCCAGAGGCAAUUGUAAAUUCGUAUGUGCGACAGGGAGACAACACGUCGAACGUGGUUCACG